AAAGCUGAAAAAUUGUAAAAUAUACGUAAAGAGGAUUGAAAUUUUCUAUAUAAAGAGGAAUGUGUACAUCAUAUUUUACAAUGACAUAGCUUUCUAUAACAAGCUUCUAAAACCUUUCAAUUGCACCAAAUACAAGGAAGCAAGUAGAAUACUUCUUUUUUGCUGGCUUUACAGGUAUGGAAAAAAACUUAUGUCGCACCAACUCUAUGAUAGUAUUUUUAUUGAAUGUUAUUUAAUUAUUUAAAUAUUUUUAUUAACAACAUAUAAUUUUGUUUUUGUUUCCAUGUAAUUGAAGUUAUGGAUGAUCCACGAUUUAAUAACAUAUUUAAUGAAGAUUUCGAUGGUAAUUAUGAUGAUGUAAUGAACCGGAUUGUAGAUCAAAUUAAUUAUCCUAGUUGUGGAGUUAAUGGUGCUUCAGUUGAUGGUGCCGGAGAUGAUAGUAAUGGAAACGACUCCGACGACAGUAAUGACGACGACGAUGAUGAUGAUGCCGACAUUGACGGUGAUAGUGAUGAUGACGAUGCAUUUAUUAUAAGGAGGCAUUUUGAUAGGGAAAAAUUAAAUUUAUGCACAGCUGGAGCUAUAAACGCGUAUUAUAUUAAUUAUAUGUAUAAAGAACCAUGUAUGGUUUCCUAUAACACAGGGAUGCGUUGGUUGACGGAGGUUUUAAGAGGUCAUUGGAAACGAAGUGUUAACAUGUUCAGGAUGGACGCAACAACUUUGUUGAGUUUGUGCACCGACUUGGAAACGCACCAUGGCUUAAAACCGUCAAGAAGAAUGAGCGUUAUUGAAAAGGUGGCAAUGUUUCUAUUUACAAUAGCAGUUGGGGCGUCAAAUAGACAAGUGCAGGAAAGAUUCCAGCAUUCAGGUGAAACUGUUAGUAGAUGUUUUAAAGAAGUGCUUAAAUCAUUACGUUUGUUUGCUGUAGAAAUCAUAAAACCAGUAGAUCCACAAUUUACGAGCACACCAAGAGAAAUUGCUAUGAAUCCAAGAUUUAUGCCACAUUUCAAGAAUUGUGUUGGUGCAAUUGAUGGAACACAUGUUCGUGCAUGCGUACCAGCUGCAAAUCAAAUUCCAUUUAUUGGAAGAAAAGGUGUACCAACACAAAAUGUAAUGGCCGCUUGUAGUUUCGACAUGCAAUUCAUGUUCGUGUGGGCAGGAUGGGAAGGCAGUGCACACGAUACUCGUAUUUUUCUGGAGGCUAUUGACAAUAGCACUAUCAACUUUCCAAAACCUCCAGAAGGAAAAUACUAUUUGGUUGAUGCUGGAUAUCCAAACGAGUAUGGAUAUUUGGGUCCCUACAAAGGCGAGAGGUAUCACUUCCAAGAAUUUAGACGUCGUGGACAACCAAGUGGUCGGAAAGAAGUGUUUAAUCGUGCACACUCGUCACUACGUAACGUGAUCGAACGUUCUUUUGGGGUAUGGAAACAGAGGUGGAGAAUUUUGCAAAACAUGCCUGCUUAUCCAUACAAAACACAAGUUGAAAUUGUAGUUGCAUCAAUGGCACUACAUAAUUAUAUUAGAAGGAGAUCGCAAGAUGAUGCAGUUUUUUCUGAGUAUGAUCGCAACCCCAAUUUGAUUCCAGAUGACUUUUUGCCUGAUACUGUUCAGGCUUCGGCCGUUCAAGGCUCACAGAGGCCUUCACGUAUGGAUUUUGUACGCGAUGGAAUUGCCAAUAGUUUGAUGGAACAAUAAAAGAGUACAUUAAUGUAUGACAAUUUUUCAUUUUGUUAUGUAAUCAUAAUUACAAAACACCUAUGUUUUGGAAUUAUAUAUAUGUGUCUAUACAU